GCCGUUUCAUGAUGGCAGCAGCUCGGCUCCGUACAGCUCCUUCCACAAUGCCCGCCAUUGCCUUUCACAGCAUGCCACAGCAGGUACUCCGUACAGGCAUCGAUUAUAGUGCCAGACUCUAUAGCGGAGACGGACUACUUCGUGCUACAGUCCCCCGAGAGCAUAAUGAUGGGGAAAUCAUCCAUAUCGCACGCUUCGUAGGCACCAGGUUUAUCGCUCGUACAUGAGUCGCUCGGGCAUGGGCACUCAGACGGAUACGGAUCGUUGCCGAUAGACAACUUUACCAGCUUCCUCAUCAAGGGCCCGACGCCCACUCUUCUGUGCCGUGGCUUCUGGCGUCUGCA